AUGCAUCUGCUUUAUGCUUUCCUUGCUUUGCUUUCUCUUAGUGAUGGUUUCCAUCCCGCCUGUCCCAGCCGAUGUAGCUGUGAUUCCCUGCAGUCAGUGCAAUGCUACAGGCUAACGGAGGUGCCGUCCGCUCUUCCUUCCACCACCAAGAAGCUCUACAUUAGCCACAGCAAAAUUCCACACCUUCAGAUGUCCAGCUUCACCCGAAUGUUGGCUUUGGAAGAUUUUAUUCUGCUGGCUAGUGGAACAGAGUCAGUAGAAAAUGACACUUUCAAAACUCUGAGUAAUUUGAAGACCUUGGAACUCUGGAAAAAUAAGUUAAGACAAGUCCCCAGGAUUCUCCCAGCCAGUCUUGAAGUGUUAAAACUAAAUGAUAAUUCAAUAUAUGUCCUAAAUGGAUCCGAUUUUGAAGGACUGAAGAAAUUAAAAAUCCUUGAACUUAAAAACAAUCUGAUCUCUUCUCUGUCUCCCACCAUACUCUCCUCUCUUGUCAGUUUGCAGAGUUUGGUGUUAGAUGACAACAAUAUUGAAUCUGUAGCCGGACCGCUGGCACUUCCCCACCUGAAACGCAUGAGCGUGGAGAAUAACAGACUCGAUCUUAUACCACCCAACUUCUUCACGUCUCUCCAGUCUUUGCAAUUUCUCAGCUUCAGUGGUAACUUUCUGACUAAAAUUCCUAUUAAUCUGCCCAAAUCUCUGCUCUCUUUAAAAAUGGAGAGGAACCAGCUCAAAGUGGUAAGUUUUCGAGAUAUGAAACACUUGGAGCAUCUCUCCCAUCUUUAUCUGUCAGAAAAUUCACUCUCCUCCAUUGACGGGGCACAGAUACUUGCCAAUUUAACUACUCUUGAGCUGUCCCAAAAUCAGGUUCAAAUGUUGCCCCUCAGAUUACCAGCAAAACUACAAAAACUCGACAUUAGCAAUAAUCUGAUUCAGAGAGUUACAGCGCAAGACUUCCAGGACCUCCGAGACUUGAAACACUUGUUUCUGGACAACAACAUUGUUAGCUUGUUCGAAGCUGGAGCCCUGCAGAUGUGUUCCCAGCUCUCCAACCUGGCCUUGGAGCAGAACCUGCUGUUGUCUAUACCUCUGAGGCUUCCGGGGACCUUAGCCAGGCUGGACCUAAAAGGCAAUGCCAUCCAGGAUAUUGCUGAGAGGGAGCUCAAGGAUCUGAAGAAACUUCAGGUUCUAAACCUUAGGAACAACAGGAUUUCUGCCUUAGACCUCAAAGUUUUGGAGGGGUUGCCUCGCCUCAGACACCUGUACCUGGAUGGAAAUCCGUGGAAUUGCACCUGCAGUCUCGUAAGAGCGAGGGAGAUCCUGAAGGCCAAGGGCACAGAUGUGAGGGGAGGACAAUGUGCUGCACCAGCUGAACGACAAGGGGAGAGCUGGAUGUCCUCCAAGAAGAUCAUGAGACAGUGUGAGCAUCACUUACAUCUGAUGGAGAAAAACAAAGAGACCAAAAAGAAACCAAAACCAGAAGAGCACUCCAGCAUCAGAAUCAACAUUGAUGAUGAUGAUUAUGAUUAUGAAAUAGAUUAA